GCCGCCGCCGCCGCUGCUCUGAAGUUUGCAGGCGAUUUCCUUUCCAGCCCGGCCUUAUCUCGGCCCGCACGUUGCCGCGCGGUGACUAAUAGCAGAAUAACAUUGUCUCGGGAUAAAAUAGCGCCGGGGCUGUUUACCCGCUCCAUGGGGGUUCGCUAUAAAAGGGCGCCGGGGACCGCCGCGCCAGCCAGACGCGCCGGGGCGCACCGAGCCGCUGCCUGCGCCAACGCCGUGCCCUGCAGAGAACGGGACACUGCACUCGGUCCCGACACUGGGAGAGACUCUGUCCUUUUUUUUCUCAUUUAUUAAAUUUUUCCUUUUUUUCCUUCGCCCCCCUCGCUUUUUUUUUUUUUUUUUUUUUUUUUUCCCGUCCGCUCUCCGCUGCCUGCUAUGGAUUAUUCCCAGAUGAUCGUCUCGCUGCUCUUCGUGCUCUUCCCAGAGCUGCUGCCGGCAGCCACCGGAGCCGAGGCGGGCACCGUGCCGCCCUCCGCUGCUGCCGCCGCAGCCGCGCACCGCCGUGCCCGGCGCUGCUCCUGCUCUUCGCUGCUGGACGAGGAGUGCGUCUACUUCUGCCACCUCGACAUCAUCUGGAUCAACACCCCCGAGAAGACUGUUCCGUAUGGUCUUGGAGGCCCUUCUCGAUCCAGAAGAUCCCUGAAGGACAAGAUGCCAGAGAUGCUCACUGAACCUAGCAGCAGAUGCCGAUGUGCUGACCAGAAGGACAAGAAAUGUCUGAACUUCUGCCAGACAGGAAAAGAUCUCUGGGCUCAGUCCACAAUGGAGAAAACCUCUCGUCACCACAACAAAUCUGGCAAUUGCAUCGGAUCCAAAUGUAUGAGCCGACAGCUUCUUGACAGCAGGAAAAUGAAGCGACUGGAAGCCAUUGGUAACAGUAUCAAAGCUUCCUUCAGUAUUGCAAAGCUGAAGGCCGAGCUCCAGAAAGGCCGGAAACUGAAACAUAACAGGACGAACAAAAGGCAAAGCAUCUGGGAAAGCCUGAAAGCAUCCUAGUGGGAAGAUCACCCAAAUCAGAUGCGCUUACAAAGCAUCACCAAAACUCUCUCUGGACUUCUAACAUUCCACGACAGUGAAGGGCUUCUCUGUCCAAGUGUUUGUGCAGCAGAGCAAAACACUAAGAUAGUUCCUUAUUUGGAGGUAUAAAAGCAAAGGAUGUAAUCAUUUUGGAAUUCAGAUGGAUGGGUAGAGAAGGGGAGUUCGCAGUACCAUACACCAAAAGCCAUCUUUCUGAAGGAAACAUUUCAAUAUUGCUUCUUGAAUGUUACCCAUCACUUGGGCAGUUUUCAGGGUCCACAUCAAAAGCAUCUUGCAAGGAAGACCUCACAGAUGUGCUUAGAAAGGACAGAAAGCAAGAUCUGAGUGGACAGACUUCAAAGCAAAAAACUCUGUCUUUCGGUUGAAAUGCAAAAAUGAAAGCCGCAGGACUACUUUAAUCAGGACUUUGUGCAUAUAUACAUGUCUACCUCGCGUACUGUUUGUUGCACUCCUGCUAGAGUAUUUUUACACCUUGUUAUUGCCUUUGCUAAUCAGCUGCAACCCUUUGCCUUUUUUCAGAAGUCUAGUUUACUUGUACAACCAGAGUUAUCUGAAUGUGGGUUAGAUGAUGUGGUUGUUUGCAUAGUCAAAGUCCUUUGGUUUUGGAUACCAAAGGACUCUUCAACAUAAAACAAAAACUAGAGGACACUACUAGAUUUCCCAUAACAAGGGUAUUUGGCUAACUGAAGCUCUAAAGAUAGAGGUUGUUUUGUCUUACAUGCCACCAAAAAUGCACUGAAGUGGGAUUGUACCAGAGGCUGUUGUGAGAUUUAUUCAGUGGCUUGUUUGGUCAAAAUGCUCUGAGGCAAAGGGUUGUUUUUAAUUAUGUCAAAAGGCUAAUAUUGGGUGAAUGUUUAUAGCAGGAAUUUGUUCACAUUGUUGAAUUUGCUGACAGGUUGAAUCUUACGUGCUUAUUUUUUAUGUUUUGUAUUUAUAUUCACACAAAUGCUUCAUUAUAUUUACCAUGUUGAAUACACAUUGAAGUAGGCCAUAUUGGUCUAUGCAUGUUCUAUGUAUUUCUGUAUGAAAUUGGGAAAUGCUUUAUGCCUAUCAAGGUAAAUAUCUUCAUAAAUAAAUAUUUUUAAUUACUGUA